ACCAGACAAGACAUAGAACCCACACACAGCACAUGAAGAAAAUCAGUGUGAGUGCCCUAGAGCUACGGAGAGACAAGGAGGCAGCAUAGGCCAGAGAGACCAGAUAACACAAGCUGCAUGUGUCUGGCCCCCUUUCCUUUCCACUGCAUUAGACAAAAACAUCAAUCACUCAAUUCAAAAAAGUCUUCUCUGGCAGUGGCACGGCAGCAGCAGCAAACACACCCAUUCCAUUAGCUAAAUCCCUCGUUACAAGACACGAAGAAUGCCAAAACCGGGUCUCUUUGGUCCAUUGUUAGUUUAUCUUUUGGUCUCACAGCAGCAUCUUCGGCAUGGGCUCAGGCAAUAAUACACUCACACUCUCUCCCUCCACAAUAAUUUCUUUACCUAUAUUUCCCAUCUCAAAAACACAACCAAAAAAAAAUAAUCAUCCAACACAAUGAAAGCUUUGUAUCUUCUUCCAUUCCUCUGUCUCCUAGCAGCUGCUCUGUAUUUCUCUUCCCAUGGUUUCAGCUCGUCGUCUACUAAUUUGGUUCCCCUUCCGAGCAGGAGAUCUAUGCGAGAGUGGAACAUCCCCACAUCUACCACACAACUUUAUGUAUACGGCAACAACAAGGAUCUGGAGCAAGACGAACAGGAGAAUAUCAAGGAACACGAGGAACUGGUGGAGAAUCUCAACGAUAGUGAUAGUGUCGAUGAGCUUAUCUACCACAUCGAUUACAAUGGUGUGACAACUCAUCCCACUCCAAGGGAUUUUUAGAAACCGAACAGGAAAAAUUAGGGUUACCGAUCUGGCUGAGUCGCGGACUAGGUCGCUCUCUUUAAGACGUUCGCGGCACUGCCUCGUUAUUCGCACAGCAUACUAUCAGCCCGUCGCCUCCAGGAUAAAACGGCCACUCUUUUGAUUUGCUCAGCGGUUUUGUGCGGAAAAUCGGAGCUCUUUGACUCUCACUCUCUCUCUCGUGUUUCUGCUCUCUGAGGUGUGUUUAGAGGGUCUGAGGCGUCUCCUAUUUAUAGGAGCAGAAAACCCAUAAUAUUCCCUCUUUCUUUGGGAAUAAGUCAUAUUUUAAUUACGGAGAUAAUUACUCCCAUAAUUAAAAUAUAAUCUAUUAAGAUAAUUAUUCCUAAUUAUCUUCAUAAUAUUCCUUUUAUUAAUUAUCCAUCUUAUUUAUGUAUUAUGGGAAAAUACUGGAUAAUUAAUUAGGAAUUUCAUUUAUAGCUUUUUCAAGGCUAUUCAUCCCAACAAUCCCCCACUUGAAUAGUUUUGAAACUAUCUCUGAGCAUCAACAGUUCCAUAAGAUCGGGCAUAAGCUAAGGUAUCGCGAAGAUUUGAACCUUAGCGUAGUGGUUACACUUCCGAUUUCAUAAGGGUGACUCGUAGUCUUGAACCCUAUCUCAGACAAUGUAGCACACCGGAUCUUUUCAUUGAGUGAUAUUCUCUCAUAGGCCGUGCGUUUAUGGCCAUGCACGUUAUCCCGGUUUAGUGAACGCUCUAGCAACUUUGUGCCUCCAAAGUUCCAUAGGGAGCGGCCUCACUCCCACAUUCACAUAGGUGAGUCUAUCAGAAGUACCCCCAAAGUAAAGUACUUCACUCCACAUAGAGUAUAGAUCUCAUUAAGAGUUUAACUCAACCUCCAAGGCUUUGGGAUCCAUGCUUCACCAUGCAUGAACUUUUCUCAAUAUUACUCAUGACUUGUUAUUACCCAUUGAACCCGUUUCUUGGGAUCUCCAGUCUAUCGGGUCGGGUUACCAUCACUUGUAAUCCGUGGUUCGGUAGGCAUAAGUCUCAUACCCUUGGCGGUACUUUGGACUUUCUCUCUAGAUAAUCCUUUCGUCAAAGGAUCAGCUAGAUUCUGUUAGGACCUUACAGGAUCCACCCUCAUUGCUCCUAUCGUUAGGAGUUCUCUUACAGUACUGUGCUUACGACGAAUUUAUCGUCUCUUUUCGUUCUAGAACCGGUUCCCUUCUUUAGUAAUAGCUGUGGUGCUAUCACAAUGAAUCAACUACCGGAGGGAUCGGUCUUUCCCAUAAGGGAAUCUCUAGUAAUGACCCUCUCAAUCAACUUUUCUCUUUACUAGCCAUUGCUAGCUCUAUCAUUUCUGAUUUCUUAGUUGAUUGAGCCAGGAUCAUUUACUUCUUAGACUUCCAAGACAUAGCUUCUCUAUCGAUGUUUAAACACAUCCUCUUGUUGUCUUGGAGUCCUCUAUAGGGUAUUCUAAUCCGCAUCACUAUAGCCUACCAAUACAGCAAGAAAACGUUGAUAACAUAUAUCAAGGCCUACUGUUCACUUAAGGUGUCUCAUGACCCUUUUCAAUAGCAUUUCAAUGCUUCAUACUAGGACAAUCAAUAAGCCUGCCAAGUACCCCCUACUAAAUCGGGCCUCAUGUUUAUUAGAUGCCUCUCGCAGACUAUAAAUGCUAGUAUAUUCUAACUUUCUUACACCGUCUUAGGUGUUCUUUAAGUAUGUAUACUAGCAUCAUCAAACAUGUAUGCAGGUGUACAUCUUGUAUUUUCCUAGUUAUUAGGAUCUCUAAGCAUAACAUUUGUUUCAUUUAGAUCCUUCACAUUCAAAAUUCUCAACCAUCAUGGUUUUUCAAUAUUGACAUCACAAAUCUUUGUACCAAAGAUCGACGUGUCAUUCAUAAUGCAAGUGUCAUUCUCAAAUUUGUAUUAAAUGCACUUGUCAUUC